AGGGCCAGCUGCUGGUUACAUUUGCUUCUGACACACUGUGUUUGCUAAGCAACCCCCAAAAAAGACACCAUGGUGCAUCUGAGCGGUGAGGAGAAGGCUGCCAUUGCUACCCUCUGGGGCAAGGUGAACCCGGAUGAGAUUGGGGGUGAGGCCCUGGGCAGGCUGCUGGUUGUCUACCCAUGGACCCAGAGGUUCUUUGACUCCUUUGGAGACCUGUCCUCUGCAACUGCUGUGAUGGGCAACCCUAAAGUGAAGGCUCAUGGCAAGAAGGUGAUAGAUUCCUUUAGUAACGGCCUGAAGCAUCUGGAUGACCUCAAGGGCACCUUUUCCAGUCUCAGUGAGCUGCACUGUGACAAGCUGCAUGUGGAUCCUGAGAACUUCAGGCUCCUGGGCAAUGAGAUAGUGAUUGUGCUGGCACUUCACCUGGGCAAGGAUUUCACCCCGAAGGUUCAGGCAGCUUUUCAGAAGGUGGUGGCUGGUGUGGCCAAUGCCCUGGCUCACAAAUACCACUAAGCUCCCCUUCCUGUUGUCAACCUCCUAUAAAUGGCCUAUUGCCCUGUAGAACAACGACUGAAGAUUGGGGAACUUAUAGAGGCCUUUGACCAUCUGACUUCUGCCUAAUAAAAACACUUUUCAUUGCA